GCCGCGGUCCCGAUCAGCUGUUGUGGUUCACCGGCUGUCAUUCACCAGAUUUACCAAACCUUCUGCCCGGUUCCCCGGUUCAUCAUGGCCAGCCCACCAUCCGACCAGAGCAAGGUGUUCAACGAUCCCAUCCACGGCCACAUGGAGAUGGACCCUCUGCUCGUCAGAAUCAUCGACACGCCUCAGUUCCAGAGGCUCCGUCACAUCAAGCAGCUCGGGGGGGCCUACUAUGUUUUCCCCGGAGCCUCCCACAACCGCUUCGAGCACUCCCUCGGGGUGGCGCAUCUGGCUGGAAAACUGGUCCGAGCUCUGCAUCAGAGGCAGCUGGAGCUCAAGAUCACCCCCGGAGAAUUCACCCCCGGAGACAUCACCCCCAGAGACAUCCUCUGCGUGCAGAUCGCCGGGCUCUGCCACGACCUCGGACACGGGCCUUUCUCCCACAUGUUUGACAAAAAGUUUAUCCCUAAAGCACGUCCAGGUUACAAGUGGAAGCAUGAGAAGGCCUCCGUGGACAUGUUUGAGCACCUGGUGGAAGUCAACAAUCUGGAGGCUGAGAUGAAGAAGAAGGAGCACGGCCUGGAGCUGCCCGACGACCUGUACUUCAUCAAGGAACUGAUCGCUGGGCAGAAGGACCAGAAGCAGCCAGAUGGGUUGAAGGAUCCGGAUGAGUGGAAGCGCCGCCAUGAAGACAAGUCCUUCCUCUAUGAGAUUGUGUCCAACAAAAGAAACAGCAUCGAUGUGGACAAGUGGGACUACUUUGCCAGGGACUGCUACCACCUGGGCAUCAAGAACAACUUUGACUAUAGCCGCUGCCUGAUGUUCGCCAGAGUGUGUAAGGUAGACGGGGAGGAGCAGAUCUGCUUCAGAGACAAGGAAGUGGGAAAUCUGUAUGACAUGUUCCACACAAGGAACUGUCUCCACCGGAGAGCCUACCAGCACAGAGUGGCCAACAUCGUGGAGACUAUGAUCACGGAGGCCUUUUUGAAAGCAGAAGGACACAUUCUGUUCAACGAACUCCCUCUCUCCGCUACCAUCGAUGACAUGGAGGCCUACACCAAGGUGACAGAUGACGUCUUUAAUCAAAUACUCAACUCAUCCUCCGAUGAGCUGAAAGAGUCAAGGAACAUUCUUCAAGCCGUUGUGGGUCGACGCCUCUACGCAUGUAUCGGCCAGGCUCAGCCGACGCGACGCGUGAACCUCGAAGAGAUGGAAGCGAGCUGGGAAGCUGCUCUGGCUCGACAGGUCCCUCCGGUUCUGGAUCGUGGGGACUUCUUUGUUGAUGUCAUCAACUUUGACUAUGGGAUGAAGGACGAGAACCCCAUCGACAGCGUGCGCUUCUACAAAAAGGACAAACCGAGCAAAGCCUUCAAGAUCAGCAAGAAUCAGGUGUCUGGCUUUCUCCCGGAGAAGUUCAGCGAGCAGCUGAUCAGAGUUUACUGCAAAAAGGAUGACAGCAACGACGACAACGACAGCAAUCACUCCAAGGAUGAGCCUCUAAACUUUGCCCAGUGGUGCUCCGACAACAAAUUCCAGAUGCUUCAGGACGAAGACAGAAAAGCCCCCGAUGGGACUCCUGAAGACCAACAGGACGACAUGAAGGAAGUAAACCCAGUUGGUACUAAUGUAGAGUAG